AUUUAGUAUUGUUUCCUAUAAAAUGCUGCUUUUUACAUAUUCUGUAAUAGCACUCUUCAUUCCGCUAUCCCUUGGGGGCCUGGUGAACGAUGCUUCCAAUGAGAGUCUUGACGUCACAGACGCCGGUGCAGUUCCCGGUCUAAUAGGUCAUGUGGGAAAUAUUUGCUCUAACAUCAACAAUGUAAAAAGAGAAAAAUCUGAUGGAGAGAAUAUGAUAUUAGAUUACAGUGAUUUAUCAGAGGAAAUUAAAAUUGUUUUCGAUGGCUACAAGCUGAACGACAAGCAUGUGUUGCCAGAAAGAGAAUACGAGAGACUUAUGGUUGGCAUCAGUCCCUUCCUGUUCAAAGAGGACUUGGAGACUAGGCUUGAGGUCUGGUGUAACAUGGCCUAUAUAGGAUACCUAUCCGAGAAGAAGACUGUUUUCCAAGUUGAGUCUGACCAUAUAUGGGAAGGUGACGUUAUUCUGGACAUCCGCGUGUCAAGGCUUAUACUGGAGCAGCAUUUAAGACAGUUCAGCAAGGAUAAUGAAUUAUCUGGUAUAUUUGUGACUGCAACCUUACAAAGACUUCAAUCAGGGGAUGAUCGUCCAACAAGAGAACGCGGCACAAAAGAGAGGACAAAACGCCAAAUGAAUAACAGCCCUCUUUGGCCAAUGCCCAUAAGAUAUUUUGUAGCACCAGUCUUUAAUGAAAGUCACAAGGCAUUGCUGAGAGAAUCGUUUGAUAGAUGGAGCCAGGAUACUUGCCUUACAUUUGAGGAGUCACCUACAUAUGAACAUCCUAUGAUUUAUAUAGAUACUGGAUCUGGAUGUUGGGCUCACGUUGGAAUGCGACCUGACCAGAAUCUGAUGACGCUCGCCAACAACUGUUAUUAUAUUGGCAUUAUCAUGCAUGAGAUCGGUCAUUCUGUUGGGUUCUGGCACGAGCAGUCCAGAUGGGACAGGGACUCGUAUGUGGUGAUAGACUAUGAGACUGUUUGGAACGAAAGUGCAUAUAACUUCAACAAGUACGCUUGGUAUUGGGCACAAUCCCUGGGCGAGAAUUACGACCUCGAGUCCCUGAUGCACUAUGGUUCUAAUUUCUUCGUGUUGAGGCCUGGGUUGAUAAGUAUCGUAACAAGGGAACCCGACAGGCAAGGUUUACUUGGUCAGUCCGUUGGUCUGUCCUUUAUUGAUGCAAAGAUGACAAAUAUGCAUUAUUGCAGUGAUAGGUGUCCAGACUCGAACUCUCUCUUGUGGCAUAUGUGCCAAAACGGUGGCUAUAGAGACCCCCUCAGAUGUACACAAUGUAGGUGUCCCGAAGGCUGGAUGGGACAAUACUGCGAAAUCCCCAAAACCUUGUCAGGACCCUGUGGUGGCGAAAUGUUUGCUACCUCUGAGAUUCAAAGUGACAUCGUGAGUCCUGGAUAUGGAGGGGAUGGUUACAGCGUGGGGCAAGAAUGUGUCUGGAAGAUAACGGCUGCUGCAGAUGAGGAAGUCGUUCUAGAAUUCGUGGAUGCGUUUGGCUUGCACUGUUGGAGUCUACGAGGAGGAAGGGAUUGCGAUAUGGAUUGGGUUGAAAUCAGACAUGUUGAUGUGACAAAGGUUGGUCCAAGGUUUUGCUGCGACCGACCAAACGGGACAUUUGUGUCGAGAGGAGAGGAGGCAAUGGUGUUGUUCCAAUCUAAGAUCAACUGGACACCACCCAGUCCGACAACUGGUUUCAGAAUUGCUUACUAUGCAAGGCCAAGAUCUUUACUCCCUCCAUGCGACUCCAUCUUGUUAGAGGGCGUGGAACAAUCCGCAAACCAACAGUUUAUCAAUGGCUACUACGUUCUCCAGGACAUCAUCUCCAGCGAUAAGCCUGUCUAUAAGCAUCGCUUCCACUCAAACUUUCUUUACUUCACGCCGUCUGGCAAUACUGGGUUUUGGACAAUAGGCCCUGUCACGGGUGACACAACGUACGGCAUCAGAGCUCAGAUUGAAUCAAUUGCUGAACGGCCUGAAGAUAUAACUGGUGGAACAUGGUCCACGUGGAAUGGCAGAGACUUUGUGGCAGAGCCCAACAUGGAGUUGGACUGUCACACUGGGCCAUGUGAGAGUAUAUGGGUUGGUGGGUUUACAUCUGACACUGCCUUAGAGUUAUCGUCCCAGACAGGAGUGUAUAACAUAGAUAUUCUUGAUAACAACCAGCGUCCUGUAUACAGACACCACACCCAGGACAACAUCGCUCUAUAUAGUGACGGUGAUACAGGGGACUGGAUCAUAGGAGACGCUAAUGGUUUCCCUGCUGCUCGGUUACGUUGCUCAAGUGAUGCUCCAUGGCCGGAGAGGAUCAGUACUCCUUGGCAAGUGAGGGAUGUUAUCGAAGGGUCAUGGUUCGAUGAACCUACGAUGUCUACGCAUUGUUACCAUGGAAGGGCCCCGUGUGAAACAGUGAUGCUAACAGGUACAAACGACCUGGUGCAACCCCGUGUGGGCGAGUAUCGUCGACUCAACUCACUCCUCCAAAAAAGGCCGACCUACCAACAUCCAACAACUGGAGAAUAUCUGUAUUACGUGUUGUGGGACGACCACACCAACUUUUGGAUGAUUGGAGGUACGCUGGGCAGUAGAACUGGGUGGCUGUACAUCACUGGCAAUGAGAACUACCCUGAGGAUAUACGACUUGACCCGGACAGAGUGUGGUUAGCCUGGAAUAGCACAGCUUGGGUCCCCAGUGCAGAUAUACUUGCAACAUGCGUCUGAUUACACCCAGUGAAAAUAAAUGUUUUGAAGUUUCAUCUCGUAGUUCAGUGUUUAAUAUUCAAAUACUUCGUUCCAUUGUGCCUUUAACGAGUAAUAUCCCCUGAUAUAUGGAUGUCGGGAUGGGGAUGAACAUUACUUUUGAAAGUCAUGCCUAACCAUCGACAACGUACAGUG